AUGGUGAUGGUGUGGUGGGCAGACAAGCGCCAUAUCCUCACUCCACCUGAUGCUGUUGUGUGUCUUUUGUCGACAGGCGGGUUUGCCAUCGUAUUCCUGGUGAGGACCAACAACGGCGUGAAAUGCGCCCUCAAACGAAUGUACGUCAACAACGAACACGACCUGCAGGUCUGCAAACGGGAGAUCCAGAUUAUGAGGGAUCUCGUGGGGCACAAGAACAUCGUUGGUUACAUCGACUCCAGUAUAAACUCUGUGAGCAGCGGGGAUGUAUGGGAAGUCUUGAUCCUAAUGGAUUUUUGCAGAGGGGGCCAGGUGGUGAACCUGAUGAAUCAGCGCCUGCAGACAGGGUUCACGGAAAACGAAGUCCUGCAGAUCUUCUGUGACACCUGCGAGGCCGUGGCCAGGCUGCACCAGUUGAAGUCUCCGAUAGUCCACAGGGACCUGAAGGUAUACCCUGUGUAUUUGUUCAUUGAUGUCAAAUACUUGAGCAUCGUUUUGUCUUUCUGUAGAUACACCACGCUGUCCUACAGAGCACCAGAGAUGGUCAACCUCUAUAGUGGCAAGCUGAUUACUACAAAAGCAGAUAUCUGGGCCAUGGGUUGCUUGCUGUACAAACUCUGUUAUUUUACUUUACCCUUCGGAGAGAGUCAAGUGGCCAUCUGCGACGGGAACUUCACCAUCCCUGACAACUCCCGCUACUCCCAAGACAUGCACUGCCUCAUACGGUAUAUGCUGGAACUGGACCCUGACAAGAGGCCGGACAUUUAUCAGGUCUCCUAUUUUGCAUUCAAGCUAGCUAAGCGGGAAUGUCCUGUACCGAACGUCCAGAAUUCCUCCAUCCCUGCCAAACUCCCAGAACCGGUGAAAGCCAGUGAAGCUGCUGCUAAGAAAAGCCAGCCCAAAGCCAGGCUGACGGAUCCCAUUCCUACGAUGGAAACGUCCAUCACCCCGCGCCAAAGGCCUAAAGCUGGGCAGGCGCAACCGAACCCUGGGAUCUUGCCCAUCCAGCCUGCCUUGACUCCCAGAAAGAGGCCCACCGUCCCGGCAAAUGUCCAGGCACAGGCUCCGGCGCCUUUGGCUGGCGGCCAGCCGUCGGCCCCCGGGAGCGUCCCCCAGCCGAAAGCUCGGCUCAUCUCACCGGCAGCUGCCCCCGCCACCGCCUCUCAGCCGCAGGUCCCUCCGGCUCAGCCCCAGGCCACCCCGCAGCACCAGCUCUUCUUGAAACAGCAGCAGCAGCAGCAGCAACAGCCGCAGCCGCAGCCGGCGGCACCAUCGGCUCCGUUUUAUCAGCCGCCACCCCAGGCGCCGCCGUCUCUGCAAACUCCGCAGGUGCAAGUGAUGUCGCAAGCAGCGCAGCCGCAGGGGAAGCCGCCCUUCCCAGGUGUGCCACAGGGAGUGGUCGCGCCUGCCCAACCGCAGCCGGUGCAGAACUAUAAGCAGCCGCAGCCGCCGCAGCAGGUGUUGGCGCAACAGGCCGCCAUGCAGCCAAAAGCCCCCGCUGGGCAGCCGAAGCCCCCCGCUCAGAUGCUGCCGCAGCCGCAAGGGCAGCCGGCCGUGGCCCUGCCAGCCUCGACGCAGGACCAUCCGCAAGCACCUCCACGCCAUCAAAAGGCCUUGGCCAACCCUUCGCCAGCUGCCCAGGGACAAAAGGUGGGCUCCCUCACGCCGCCCUCUUCCCCCAAGACCCAGCGAGCCGGACACAGGCGGAUUCUGAGUGACGUGACGCACAGCACCGUCUUCGGGGUUCCAGCCAGCAAGUCCACACAGCUUCUGCAAGCAGCCGCGGCCGAGGCCAGCCUCAAUAAGUCCAAGUCUGCCUCGACGACGCCUUCUGGGUCUCCCAGGACCUCUCAGCAAAACGUCUACAAUCCGCCCGACAUGUCCACCUGGAAUCCUUUUGAUGAUGAUAACUUCUCCAAGCUCACCGCGGAGGAGCUGCUCAACAAAGAUUUUGCGAAACUAAGUGAUGGGAAGUCCAUGGAGAAGCUCGGCAGUUCGACAGAGAACCUGAUCCCGGGUUUCCAGCCGGCGCCUUCCGCAGCCCAGGCAGACGCGUUUGGCUCCUCGUCUCUCGCUCCUGUGCCAGGUGAAAAAACCAGUGACAUCCUGGAUUCUAGUCCUCCGCGGUUGGCUGUCCCUGACCCCUUCAUUCCCCUUCCGCUCUCUGAGGCACCAGAGAAACUGAUCGAGGGCCUCAAAUCUCCUGAGCCUCCACUUCUGCUCCCUGACCUCCUGCCUCUCGCUGAUCCCUUCGGUAGCACCGCCGAUGCUGCCAAUGGAAAAACUGACUUAACGGCUGAGAGCCUCAUUCCAGGCCUCGAGGCUCCGGUGCCCCAGCGUGUGUCCUCACAAACAGACUCUUUGGCUUCGAACCGAGCAGACUCUGUCUCUGGGGAAGACUCCCUGCUUGACUGCUCUCUGCUUUCUAACCCUGCUGCCGACCUUCUGGAGGAGUUCGCUCCUUUAGCCGUCCCAGCCCAGACUCACAAAGAAGCUACUAACCUGAUAUCGGGCUUUGAUAUCUCUGAGGGCUCUGAAAAAGUGGCAGACGAUGAGUUUGACCCCAUCCCUGUGUUGAUAUCCAAAAAUUCACAAGGUGGGCAUUCUAGAAACAGCAGCGGCGGCUCUGAGCCCAGCCUUCCCAACCUAGCCAGAUCUCUCCUGCUAGUGGAUCAGCUCAUAGACCUGUAGCCGUCACUCAGUAACCGGGGCGGUUCCUGUAACGUACCUAAAUCCGAUGUGUUGUUUUGGGGUUUCCUUCUCUCUCUCUCUCUCUCUUUCUUUCUUUUUUUUAAUUUUCCAAUGGAGCUACUCUUUAGUGGGGUGAUUUGUGGUUUUGUUUCCUUCAUUUGAAAUAACCCUGCAGAGGGGAAGGAGUUGGUCCGCCCGUUGAGCCCGCCGUUGGCAUUGACUCAGCCCCCUCUCCUUCCAGCACAUCCGCCAUGCAGACCGCUAGAGCCCUGGUGUGCGUUUCUCUUUACCAAGCCUACGCCCGAGGCAGCGCUACCAUCUAUUAACCUCUAUGCUGCCAAUUUGCCCUCUUAAGCUCCAGCAGAACCCUAACCAUCAACGAGGUCCAUGUAAUCUAUAGGCGAUCCUCGCUAGCAACGCCUCCAAAGGGGAGAGACCCUUUGCUCCCUGCCAGCCCCGUCCCCAGUUUAGAGACUGCCAAAGCGAACCCUUUUCCUGGUCCGAAGGUUAAAGACGGGAAAGGUCUGCAGAAAGAGGGAAUCCUCUUUGUAGCAGGCAAUCUGCUCAGGAAGGCCUUGGGCAUCGCCAAGGCAUCGCCUGCAGCCAGAAGUGAGCUGAGCAGACAAAGAUAUUUUGAUCUCUGCAGUGCUGGUGGUGGUAGAGAAAGCCCCCCCCCCUUUCCUCCCUAGCCUCCUGUUUUGCCAUCUGCAUAGGAACGGACUGUGCUACAUAAAUAAACCAAUAAGUACUACUAAAGCUACAGAAAUUAUCCCAUGCAAAAUAAUCUUUGUGAAACAUCUCAAUAUGUAAAAAAGCAUGACUUUGAGACCCUUUUCCUUGCGUGAACUCUCGGCUGAAGAGGGGCUUUGAAAAACAACACCUGUACCAUGGAGGGGACGGUCUGUGGAGGGAUCCUGUAGAUUGUGAUGUCCAUGUCAGAUUUUCCACCAGGUGAAGUUGUUGGGGGGUUUCUCUUUUCUUUUCACCUUCCCCCCCCCCCCGGUCUCCCUUGUUCACUGCAUAUGGUGUUAACCAUUUAAUAGGGAGCCAUGUUGUUUUCCCCUUUCCCAAAAAAACACUGGGCUCAUGACCCAGGUCCUUCAGUCUUCGUAGAACUAGCAUGCACCCCUUGUCAGCCCGUGAAGACUUUCCGGCUUAGGUGUACCUGAAUGGGUUUUACCUUUGCUUUCCACCUCCGUUGCCUCCAACUCCUGGAUAGAGUGAACUUCUUUUCAUCGGCUUCUGGUCUUCAAGCCCAAAGUUAACGGUUGCCCUUGAGAGGUUCUUCCUGAAGAGAGGGACCAUCCUUAUAUUCCGUAGUUGAAUAACUCUUAGCUUAAAGCUAACUUUGUGUAUGUGUAUGUAACUGUAUUGGUAAAAAAAUAAGUGCAGUUUCCCCAUGUGUGAAAGUAUGAAUGAACUCAAUAGGUGUCUCAGCCUCUCCUGCAGGAAGGAACGACUUUGACAAUGUCCCUGAGUAUUUUUCUUCAGCUUUCCCCCCUCCCGAAUCCCAUCCGAACCUCUCCCAAUUAGCUUAACAAAUUGUGUAAAUAAAACCUAACUGUCAUGUCAGUUCUCUCUGGAUCUUUCUAAAACCUACCUACACGUUUCAUGAUCAAAAGUAUUGCUAAUGUGUGAUGUGUAAUGUCUAUGGGCAUGUUUCUUGCUGCACUUUCUUAAUUUACAUGACAAAGUUAUGGAAAUUAUCUUAGUCAAAUUGUUGAUAGAACUUUCUAUUUUUUUCUCUCUCUCUCUCUCGGAGGGGUUGGGUGAGCGGGAAAGGGUUGUUUUUGACUUUGGAUUCCUGAAGCACAGGCGUCUGGGGACACGGAGGACGUGGGGCAAAGCUUUAGAUAGAACGUUAUUGUAUAGUCAGAUACUGAAAAUAUAUGGAAAAAGAAAAAGAAUGGAUUUUUUUAAACAAAGUAAACCACCUGCUGUAUAUUAGAAACCAAAAAAAA